AUGAUAAGAGCUUGGGUAUAUGUCCGGCGAUUUAUAACUCCAAGACGCAGUCAACUAUUGAGCACACCGAUAACAGCAGAUGAAAUGUUUGUUGCCGAGAGAACAAUUCUACGUAUCCUGCAGGAGGAGGUAUUUGGCGAUCUUCUGCGCAUCCUUCAACACACGCCUCUCAAACGCCACAAUCUCAGCAACCUUGCACCGUUUGUGGCAGAGGAUGGACUGAUUCGAGUCGGAGGCCGGCUCAAGUAUUCUGCCAUACCAUACGAUGGGAAACAUCAGGUGCUAUUACCUGAGAAGCACCAUAUAACGGUAAUUCUGCUAAGAAGACUCCACGAAGAGCAUUCGCAUGUUGGCCCUAACGGAUUGUUAGCUAUCGUACGUGAACGUUAUUGGCCGCUGCGUGUCAAAACGCAAAUUAAGAAGAUCAUAGCAUCGUGUCAACUUUGCGCCAAACAUCGUCCUGUCCUGGGCAGUCAACUCAUGGGAAAUCUACCCGAAUCACGCGUCAAUCCGGCGCCUGUAUUUUCUAAGGUGGGUGUUGACUAUGCGGGACCCUUUUUGCUGAGACUAAGCCCAAGAAGUCCGAAGACAUACAAGGCAUACGUACUGAUUUUUAUCUGUUUGGCAGUUAAGGCAAUUCACAUGGAGUUUGUAUCAAGCGUGACAACUGAACACUUUAUCGCAAUCCUAUAUCGUUUUUCCAGCCGCCGUGGAUUGCCCUGUGAUGUGUUUUCGGACAACGGUACAUCGUUCGUGGGAGCGAACCACGAAUUAGCAGCUCUACGACAACUUUUCGAAGACGAAUUACAUCAGCGGAAGCUGGCCAAAUUUUGCUCAGUGAAGGGUAUACGUUGGCAUUUCAUUCCCCACGAAGUCCACCCUUUGGGGAGUGUGGGAAGCCGGUGUAAAAUCUAUGAAGUUUCACUUCAAACGAGUUAUCGGUGA